GCGCGCGCCGCCGCGGGGCCAGGCGGAGUGUCGCUGCUGCUGGUGGCGUCCGAGGCUGAAGGCUUGGCGGAAAGGCUUGUGGCGGCGUGUCGGGCUGUUGGCAUUGUGGCUGCCGAGGCCACCCGCUCCUGGUCAUGAGAGGAGAAAGAGUCCUGAAGCAGAGACAUCUUAGAGAACAAAUAUUCAAGGACCAUGCAAGCCAGCUGUAACCAACUGCACAAUCCUCCAGGCACUGCAAGUGAUGAAGAUGCCUCCGCCUCCCAGUGUGUUCACUCAUCACGAUCCACAGCAGGGUCUUCCUUUCAUCCUGGAGACGUACAUAUCCAGAUAAACUCCGGACCUAAAGAAUAUCCCGAAGACCCGAGCUCUAGAAAUCCAAGGUCCGCUGUCUGUAACUGUGCCCAUGGAUGUGCACAUGGUCGUUUCCGCAGUCACUCCCACAGCGAAGCAAGGCCACCUGAGGACUUUGCCACAGAGUCCGGAGAACAUGGAAGUGGCUCCUUCUCAGAAUUCCGCUAUCUCUUCAAGUGGUUGCAAAAAAGUCUUCCUUAUAUUUUGAUUCUGGGUGUUAAACUUGUUAUGCAGCAUAUAACAGGAAUUUCUCUUGGAAUUGGGCUGCUAACAACUUUUAUGUAUGCAAACAAAAGCAUUGUAAAUCAGGUUUUUCUAAGAGAACGGUCAUCAAAGAUUCAGUGUGCUUGGUUAUUGGUGUUCCUGGCAGGUUCUUCUGUUCUUUUAUAUUACUCCUUUCAUUCUCAAUCACUUUAUUACAGCUUAAUUUUCUUAAAUCCUACACUGGACCAGUUGAGCUUCUGGGAAGUUCUUUGGAUUGUUGGAAUUACAGACUUCAUUCUGAAGUUCUUCUUCAUGGGUUUAAAAUGCCUAAUUUUAUUGGUGCCUUCUUUCAUCAUGCCUUUUAAAUCAAAGGGUUACUGGUACAUGCUUUUAGAAGAAUUAUGUCAGUGUUACCGAAUUUUUGUCCCCAUACCAGUUUGGUUUCGGUACCUUAUAAGCUAUGGGGAAUUUGGUAAUGUAUCUAGAUGGAGUCUUGGGAUAUUGCUGGCUUUACUCUACCUCAUACUAAAACUUUUGGACUUAUUUGGACAUCUGAGAACUUUCAGACAGGUUUUGAGAGUAUUUUUUACACGACCAAGUUAUGGAGUGCCUGCCAGCAAGAGACAGUGUUCAGAUGUGGAUGGUAUUUGUUCAAUAUGUCAAGCUGAAUUUCAGAAGCCAGUUCUACUCCUUUGUCAGCAUAUAUUCUGUGAAGAGUGCAUUACCUUAUGGUUUAAUAGAGAGAAAACAUGUCCACUGUGCAGAACUGUGAUUUCAGAUCGUGUAAACAAAUGGAAAGAUGGAGCCACUUCAUCGCACCUGCAGAUGUACUAAGUUGUACAAACUAUUAAGGCAACAAAACACUAAUUUUACCUGAAUAUGGUAACAAUUGAUAAAGGCAUCAUAAUUGAUUUCCAGGAGUAGAAAAAAAUGUUUCCAGAUGGUUUUAGGGUAUCACGAGACAUGUUUGUAGUUCAAUUUCUCAAAGAUUAAGUUCAAGAGCCCUGCAUUUUUAAAGUAUAUAUUAAACUUAGUAAGUAUGCAACAUUUAUUCCACUUAUUUGACAGAUAAUUGCAGUGUUAAAUUGGAAAUGGGUUUUCUUGUCAAUAAUACCGAAACAGCAAUUAGAAACUAGGGGUGCAGGUACUGUUUCCUGACGUGGUUUUCAGAAUAAAGACUUUGCAUAAAAUUUUAAGAUACAUAGUAUCUGAAACAAUUUUCUUCAUCAGAUUUUUAUAAUUCCCAUUCUAAAAAUGCUUACAUUUUUCAUAAAAUUGUAUUUUUAAAUGAAAGUUCUAAAUGCUAUAUUUUACCUAUAACAAUCACAUUUUCUAAGUGAAGAUUUAUUGAGGAUGAUAUAUUUUAAUACUGUAUUAUGUGCUAUGACUAGUAGUGAGAAUAAAUGAUUUAGAUCAUUCACCUUGUGGACCUCAUAUGUGUUUCUUGCCAUCACCUGCACUGUUCACGGUCUUGUGUAGUACCAUGUAAUAGCUUGAAAUAACUAUUCAAAUGAUUUGCACAGGGGCUGGAGAUGUAGCUUGGAAGUUUUACAAUCACCAUUAGCUGGGAUAUAAAAGCUUGCACUCAAGGGGUGUGCUAGAGCUGCUCAGUGUGCACUCUGUCCUGGCUGAAUUCUACAUUGAGGAGAAGGGGGAAAACAGGAGCCUGCACUCAAGGGAAGCUGUAAAGAUUGGG